AUGACGGAGAUGAACGUUCGAAGGAAGCACGUGCAAGCGGGAUGCUGUCAUGACUUCUUCCUGGAAGAGUUCACUAAAGCCAACGGGGCAAACAAGGCAGCGCGUCAGGAUUUGGAUCCAGUCAAACUCCAGAUCACACACUUCCGGUCAGAAACUGGCACUGGCGCAUACGCGAAACGCUCUAGGGAUUCGGACUUGAGACCUCCAGAUCAAGACUACUUCUGCUCUAAUCCACCCUGAUGGAGUGAACGGUGCGGUUCCGGAGCACAAACCUCUCUGUCCUUACACACUUUCACAAGGAAGUGCAGCGAGCUCGGCCCUAUCAACAGGCACGUCAAGUGAUGACCCAGAAACAGCCCAUCAUCUCACUUAUUCUGGACCAGUAACACCGAGCAUGCUGGUUCUACCAAUUUCCACGAGGCCACGCAAAGGAAAGCCUUCAAAUGGAUGAGGGUGAAGCAGAACCAAGAGGGCACUGGGAAGCCCAUCUUAAUAACCGGCGCAUAGAACCUCAUCCCAUCUGUGAAAGUGGACGGUGGACAGGAUGCAAGUGAGGACAGUCCACAUGCAGAGUCCCGGAGCAGCUUUAGCACAAAACACUUCACCAAGUUGGAGAAGGAGUUCCCACUGUGCAGCAGGUACCGGAGGCGCGUGCACGCGCGGCGGGUGGAGAUCGCGAGCGCGCUGCAGCUCCGUGAGGUCCAAGUGUGGAUCCAGAACCGGCGCUUGAAGAUCACACACACACACACACGACCAGGAAGCUGUCUGGAAUUCCACUCAAACCCAGCGGACACGGCUGCGCUUCCGGAGAGGAGUUAGUGUUCAAUUCACUGCAUCAAUUCAUGCGUGCGAGCUGGACCCGGUGCCCCCUCCUGCGCGCAGGAGCCCACGCGCCGACUUCAUAAAAGGGCAAAUGACGGAUAAAGGAUCGCUAAGUCAGAAAAAAAAGUAACCUGGGGUGGGGGGAUUAUUAUGUUCAUGAUAAUGAAAAUAUAGACUACUGUAAGUAUUUUCUAAGCCUGAGCGCAUGUCUGGUCUCCUUCAUCACCUGUUGAAAUAUUGCCUCACAGAUGCUGCUGCUUAUUAUUAUUAUUAUUAUUAUUAUUAUUAUUAUUAUUAUUAUAUAUUUAGGAUAUUUAUUACCCUUUUGCUAUUUAUUACGUCCCCACUGUUGCAGAUUUACCUCGAAUCCUUACAAUUAUUCUUCAUAUCCUGAAGGAAAACAAAACCGAAAAGGGGUACUAAAGUGUACCAUUUCUUGUCGCUGAGAAGUUUUACACCUUUUACACCUUAUACAGUUGUACUGUUUAUGGCACCUGUAAUUGUGAUCCAGUUGUUUACUUUAUAUCCAUAUUAACAGGCUACAUGUUAAAGGGUGAGGAAAGGUGCUGUUUCGUACCCGUUUUGGUUUUAUCUUGGAUGUUCGGUUAGUAUGAAAUAAUA